AUGGCUCCUGCCCACAGCAGCUUCUGGCAGUUUCAGAGGAUGGUCAAACACAUCACAGGGCGGAGCGCCUUCUUCUCGUAUUAUGGAUAUGGCUGCUACUGUGGUCUUGGGGGCAAAGGGACCCCCAUGGAUGACACUGACAGAUGCUGCCUGGCACAUGAUUGCUGCUACGGGAAGCUGAAGCAGCUCGGCUGCCAGCCUGUGCUGAACGGCUACCAGUUCCACAUCGCCAACAGGACCGUGGCCUGCAAGUGUGCCCUGGGUCCCAGCGUCAGCUGCCUCUGUGGGCUGCGGGCAUGUGAGUGUGACAAGCAAUCUGCGUACUGCUUCAGAGAGAGCCUGCCCACCUACGAGAAAAACUUCAAGCAGCUCUUCUCCAGCCGGCCCCGCUGCGGCAGGAGGAAGCUCCAGUGCUAGGCAGCCGCCGGCCCCCCUGUGGGUCACCUGUCCCUUCCGGAAGCCUUCUCACGCCAUCCCCAACAGCUCCAUUUCUGCAGUCACCCUUCAGCACCUGGCCUAGGGUGCUCCCAACCAGAGGGCUGCCGAUCAGCAAUAGAAAAGAUAAAAUCCUGGCACGCCGUGGAGGGAGACAGCCCCUACUCAUAGACACAAAUAAAUAACACCUUCUGAAAGUCGUUAAGUGCUAAGAAGCAAUGUAACAGGUGACAGGAGAGAAAGAUGUUCCCAACCCCCAUCCAGGAAUUUCCAGGAGGUGGAAGGGGACCCAGGAUCUACCCUAAACUCUCCCUCCACUCCUACCCCAAAAUCAGGAUGCAGGGUGGACUUGGGGACUGGGCACACAACCCACCUCCAGCUGGGGGCAGAGCAGGGAUCCUGCAAAACAUGGUCUUUGCACACAGCUGAGGAUCCGAGAGGUGCACUGGGAUUUCGUUUUUCCUCUGUUCGGGUUCUUGUUCUCUGAUGUCCCUCAGGUAGGAAAAAUUAAUGCCAUUUUCAUCUGGACACAACAUGAGGAUAUCCACAGCCACCACUGCCAUGUGAGUGUCACGACCAGGACGUUGUCAAAGGGAUGGAGAAAGAGGGCCUGGGAGGGAGUGUCAGAGAUUCCCGAAAUUUCCAUCCAAAUCCAGAAGCCCCUGGUGAUAUCAGACUUAGAUUCUAACGAACACCGAAGUGACCUGACCUGAGCGGAAUCUGUUGUUUAUAAUGCCCAACUGGUAUGGCAGGUUGCAAAAUUGGCCACAAGUGUCCUUACCUCUCUUAUCCUUGCCUCUCGUGAAGGGACGCUCAGCUCUGCCCAUCAAGAAGUCGAGUCUAUUUUUCCCAGUUGGAAUCUGAACUCCACGCCGGCCUUGUGAAUGACAUCGGCCAAUAGAAUGUCGUGGAACCUAUGGACGGUCUACCAGUUUCCCAGCCUAGGCCUCUGGAGGCCUGGUGCUCUCUCUCAGGACGCUGAGCUCAGCCGAGAAAAAGCCUGGGCGGACCCCCUGGCGGAUGGGAGCCAGAGUCCAUCAGCCCUGCUGUGUCUACUCAGACCUCAGACAUAUGAGAGCGCUCAGCAAAGAUCAGCAAAGCCCACGCAUUGCAGACGGUGA